GCCCUUAGGUAAACAGUAGCACGCCGGUGUUGAGAGUGAACGUGCCAGCUCCGUGAGUGAAAAAGAACCCUCAAUAAAAAACCCAACAAAGUGUGUGUUCAAUAAAUAACAAUCCAAACUAAAAAAUGUGUAGUGUAAAGGCAAGUUUCUUCCGUCCUUGGGACAGUGUUGACUCGGAAUCUCUCUCCAAAUUCGACGACGCGGAUUUGAGUGCCAACAUAAAAAGUGAAUAUGAGGAAGAAAACAAAAGUGUUUCAUCGCGGGGUGACGAUUCGCCAAACGGCAGCUUGGACAUGUUAUCGAACUUUGUGUUCAACUCUUCAAGGGAUUUGACCACCUUUGAAGGAUCAAUCGAGCGAACUGACCGGACUAAUUCACCUUGUGACUCCUGUCCUUCAAUAGCGUCACCAAAUUCCGCGUUUACGCCUACAUACACGCCAAUCUCCACGGAUUACUUGUCAGGACUAGGAGCUGGACAGUUCAUGUCCUACGACGCUGUUAACCUUCUUCAGUCGCCGAUUUACUACCCCGGUCACUAUCCUUCAGUGGAAGAAGCUGUCAGAUUGAUUCAUCAGCAAGAUAUCGCCGCUAAACAAAUGAAGAAACUCAGGCCGAAGAAAUUCCGCUGUGAACAUUGCAAUGUUGCUUUUAGCAACAAUGGCCAGCUUCGAGGACAUGUCAGGAUCCAUACUGGUGAAAGACCCUUCGAAUGCGACUCAUGCGGCAAAAAAUUCACGAGAAACGAAGAACUGACACGGCAUAAAAGGAUCCACACUGGCUUGAGGCCUCACGCAUGUGUUAUCUGCGGAAAACGGUUUGGUAGAAAAGAUCAUCUCAAAAAACACACUAGAACUCACGAUAACCGCGGACCAUUCACUCUUCCUCACAUAGGAGCUUUUGGACAUCCCUCUUUGCUGUCGCCUUACUUCUACUCCCCUUAACCUCCAUUUGAGGACAAACCUCAUCUGCAAUAUGUAAAUUGUUAAGUAUUAGUCUAUUGAUCUGAAAAUUAAAUUAUUUUAUGGUGUAUAUAAAUGUGUACAAACAAAACCGGAGUUUUUGCCUUUCGAUAUUUAUCAAAUCACGGAUAAAUUAUAGUAUUUUUGAUAAACAUUUAAUGUCUAUGUUUA